ACAAGUGAGACCUAGAGCGGAUGUGUGCUAGUGACCUGCGUUGGCUUUCUGAUUUACUCUAGUAGUAAACAAUGGAGGCUCUUGCUAAAUACGAUUUUCACGCAACAGCCGAUGACGAACUAUCAUUUUCUAAAGGUAGUUUAAUUAAGAUAUUAAAGCAGGAUGAUAAGAAUUGGUACAAUGCAGAGUUUGAAGGACAAGAAGGCCUUGUUCCUAGGAACUACAUUGAAAUGGCACCUCAUGAUUGGUUCCAUGGAAAAAUAUCAAGGAAAAAGGCAGAAGACUUAUUACUGAACCAGAAAAAAGAUGGUGCUUUUCUUAUUCGUGAAAGCGAAAGCAAUCCAGGAAAGUUUUCAUUAUCAGUGAAGUAUGGUGAUGGGGUGCAGCAUUUUAAAGUGUUGAGUGAUGGGACUGGAAAGUAUUUUCUGUGGGUCGUUAAGUUCACGUCGUUGAACAAGCUUGUAGACUACCACCGAACAUUAUCAGUUAGCAGAACACAGACUAUUUGCCUCAAAGAUAUGAAUCGACAGAUGCCAAGAGUGAUGGCAAAUUUUGACUUUGAGCCGCAAGAAGAGGGAGAGCUGAAGUUCCAAAGUGGGCAAAUAAUUGAGGUAUUGGAUGACUCGGAUCAGAAUUGGUGGCGAGGCCGCCUUAACGGAGAGAUCGGGAUGUUCCCUGCACCGUUUGUCAGAAAGAUCAAAAAUUAAAAUAAAGAGAAACCUGUAAACAGUUAAAAAAUCAUAAAAAUAGUUGUCAAAGUACAACUCUAACAAUAGAGGGCAGUAUUUGUGCCUCAGCAGCUGCCUUUACAGACUUGAAUUUUUAUCAAAGAAUGUUUGCACUUAUUAUCUCUGGUUUUUCAUCCUCACAACUGUUUUACAUCAGAGAGACUUAAACGUUUUUAUUGUCACAAAUACAUCCACAGAAACAGAUGUUAAAAAUGUUUCAGCACGACACACACUGCAUUGGUAUUGGCAGCUGAUGCUACCAUGUGUCACACGUCAUGACUCUCACGGAUGGUCAUCAGCAACAAUCUCUCUCGUAUAGCAUGCACGAAAUCACCAGCCAUUGGCCGAUGCAGUGUUCUAUACUAUAUUAUUGAUCUAUACGAAUUAUUUGGUGCUUUAGAUGGCCUUAAUAUUCAUUGAGAAUCCAAUUUUCGAAAUGUAAAUAUAACUCCAAAAUAUUUUAAGGUUUAGAAAUUGUUUUCAGUGUGCAAGAAUUUGUUGUCUUUCGUAGCACCGAUCAAUAUACAGUUUAUGCUAUUAUACAGUUUAUGAACAACAUAAAGUAUAUUUUUAUUUUAGAAAAUCUAUAUUCUUAUAUUAUCUCAAAAUUUGUUGUCUUUAAAAAGUUGGUCCAGAAAAGUGAAUGUUUUUGGAGUGGAUUCAGACCAAGGGAUUAUUGUUGAUAAUCUUAGCAUUGGUAAAUUAAUUUUUUAUGAAAAUUAUUUGUACUUUAUGUAGAUUAUUAAUUAUUAAUGAGGUUUAAGAUUACAACUUGAUAAAUCCAAUGUUUAUGCAAAUUUAUCUUCCUGUAUAGAAAAAACACUCUUACGUUUGAGAUUUUGGACUGAAAACCACUUACAGUAAUUUAAUAUUAGGCCUACGUAUUCACAUUUAAAAAAAAAUUAAUAAUAGGCUUACUUAUUCACAUUAAAAAAUGGGAGUAUACAACGGAUGACUCAUACCCUAGACAAAACUCCAAAGAAGAUGUUUUUACUGUAUCUUAAUUACCCUCUUUAAGUAUAUUUAAACUGUACGUCUUUUUGCAAAAAAAAAAAAAUAUUUUUCAGUUGCAAUAAUAAUUAUUUGUUUAAAAACAUUAGGCCUACAUUUGGUAAUUACAUUUCAUUGAUCAGUUUAUUUCUGAGGCACGUUGACCAAAAAAUUUUCUGUCAAAAUCCUUAAAGUUAUAUAGUUGAAUAUGUAUAACAAUUAAAAAAUGGUUUCAAGGCAAUUCCAAACAAGAAAAUUGGAAAGAAAUUAAGUGAAACAAAAAGAGUAUUGUGUUCACUUGUUUAUGAUAUGAUUCCUUUUAAGAUAUCAUAUCUUUAAAAAAAAAAACCAAAUAAUAUAUAAAUGUAUUAUUAAGUAUUUUUAUUUUAAGCAAAACAUUUUUUUAAUUUAGUCAUGUUAUCAAUGAUUUCAGUUUGUGUCUAAGCCACUGACAAUCAAUUUAUAAAACAUUAAUAAUUGUCUUUAAUUUAAAUUCAAUGCUUGUCCGUCUAAAUCAGAUUGAUAUAUUUAGUUUUAUAGUAUUUAUGUUAAUUUAGGCAAUUCAGUUAUGUAUUUAUUUUAAGUAUAAAAUACCUGUACCACACUGCCAAAUUCACUAUUUGGAAAAAUAUAUGUAUAUACACAAGUCAGAUUAAUCGCUUUCGAAUCUAAUUUCAUUUAUUUUAAUUUUCCAUUUUACUCGCGCUUUUGAAAACUGCAUAAACAGUCGCGUCUAGUGGUUAGAUGGUUUUUUAAAAAAAUCCUACAUUAAAUUUAAAUUUAUUAAUGAAAAGCAUUCAAGAAUCGUUAUUUUUAACUAUAAUUUAAACAAAUGCCAAAAGAAACUUGUCUAAACUGGUACGUCACUUAGGCGCUCCAACAUGGCGUCGGAGGCCUCACUUUUUUCUGUACCAGGAUUGUCCGAUGAGCAAUCCAGCUAUUAAUAGUAGAGAUCAGUGGUCAAGACACGCAAACACGUGUGUUUGUGGCCGGAACAACACAUGUGCUUGUUGCACAUGCAGGUAUUCCUGGUACUGUUAACACUGGCAUUUAGGAAAAGUCAUUCUUUUAUUGAGAUGUAAACAUUUUACAUCCAGAUGUACAAUACAACUAGGAGAUGUAAGGUCUUACAUUUUUAAUUCAAAAUAUAUAUUUUAGUUAACAUAUCUCAAUAUUAAGGGCUUUAGUUUUUAUUUUUUUUUUUUUUUUACAUGGAAUCUGGCGAAAAUUUGAAACUUCUGAAAUAUACAAUUUAUUAUAACAGUUAUUAAAUCAAUAAAUUUUCACCUUUCCUCUUAUCUGUUGGUUUUUGGAGAUUUGGGCAAAUUAAGAAACAUCUGGAAUAUACAGUAAUAAGAAAUUGUUUUGAUGUCAAUAAAUGUUGAACACCUUCUUAA